GGCCAGUGUUUUGGCGACCAUGGAGCAAGCCGGACCGGUUUCCGUCGCGAAUUUGUUUACGUAAACAAAAAAUGGGUUUUUGAAAAUCGUAUUCGAAUUCCGAUUUAGGUAAUUUUAGUUCUUUGUCAAAUUUUGGUCAUUAGGCAUUGAAAUUGGUUAAUAAAUUAACGAAUAUUGUUAAACAAUCACAAUAACAAAAAAUCUAUUUAAGUGCUAAAAUGGCAGCUGUAAAUGAAAGUUACGAUAAAACUGGAGAUGGUGAUUUGGAAAUGAACAAUUUGGAUAGAAUAUUGAAGAAUAAGAAGACUGUCUACAGUUAUGAAGAAGCAUUGGAUCUCACAGGGCAUGGCAAGUAUAACGUGGGCUUGUUGAUAGCGUGCUUCGUGCUGAUCACCGCCAUGGGCAUCGAUAUCUACGGUGUCGGCAUCAUCGUCACCGCUGCCACUUGCGACCUGCGCAUGCGACUCGAAGAUAUUGGAGUGCUCUCAUCUAUGCCCUUCGCUGGUAUCAUAGUGAUGUCCUACCCCUGGGGGUACCUGUCGGACACCAGGGGCCGCAAGCUGGCGCUCAUGUGGGGCAUGGGGGGUAGUUUCAUCGCUGCUCUGCUGAGUAGCCUCGCCCCCAACUGGCAGGUCCUGGCUGCGCUAAGGUUCGUCAGCUCAGCCAUGAGUAGCGUGGCUGAAUCAGCCACAUACGCGUUGCUAGGAGAAUGCUGCGUCGCCGGAGUGAGAGCCCGCUACAUGCUGCUGGUGACCAGCGCGCUGAUGAUCACUCCCACCAUCUACUACGUUUGGGCCUAUCUGAUUAUGAAACUGGAUUUCUCUGUGCCAUUCUUAUUCGUGGAUUACCGACCCUGGAGACUCCUGACUUUAGUGAUGGCCAUUCCUUUGGGCCUAGGGGCUGUUAUGUUGUACUUCUUCAGGGAGAGUCCGAAGUUCUUGGCGAAUGUUGGCAAGAACGAGGAAGCUGUGGAGAUUUUGGGGAAGAUUUAUGCUAAGAACGGCGGUGAAGGUGAUUUCCCUGUCAAAGAGUUGUUUCUAGAAGACCACACCAAAGAAGAAGUGGGAAAGUUCUCUUUACAUUCUCUGUACACCCAGAUCGCGCCUCUAUUCAAGCCACCGCUAUUGAAGAGCACUUUUAUAUUGUACUACUUGACGUUCGUCGUUUAUAUCGCUUUCGCGAUAAUCCUGCCGACCAUUUUCAAUGUAUUCUUCACGUCGUACGCCACCAGCGCCGUAGACGCAGGUUUCUGCGAUCUCUUCGCUAUCGCGAACACCACUACUGCUGUUACUCCUACGGUUACCGAUACUGUAACUGAGUCCAUACCAGUAUGCAAAGACAACAUCAACGACUUCACGAUCCUGGCGGGCUGCGUCCACGGUCUCUCCUUCUUCGUCCUCAACGCCGUCAUCUCCCAGUGUGCCACCAGACGAAAGUGGCUGACGAUCGCGAUCCUGGGUAUCGCAGCAGUCGCAGCUAUAGCCGUGAACAACAUCCACCAGCCCAUCGCUGGGCUCGCUCUCUUCUACGUGUACUUGACCACCGCUAUGGUCUUCGGCGUCGUGUCUUCCUAUUUCGUCGAUCUGUUUCCUACGUCUUAUAGAGGCAUGGUGGCCUGCCUAGGUCUGAUGGUGGGCAGACUGAGCGCCUUCUCCGGCACCAAUGUCGUGACCAGGUCCAUGUCGGACCACUGUCCGGCUACUAUGUACGGAGCCGCGGGACUUGUUAUCAGUGGGGCUGUCGCUGCAGCUUUCUUACCUUCAGACAGUAUAAAAAUAAGUUGACAGUUUACCGUAGCAGAAUAAUAUUUACGAAUAAUCAUUUUUACAUUUUGAUCUAAGUGGAAAUAAAAAUAAAUAUACAUAUUAAGUUCAAGUUUG